AUGUCGGACCCACACUAUCAAGUUGAAAGUGAUCAACCAACCGCAUUCAACCUACCAGAUGUGGAUGCUUGCAUCAAUUUGAUGGAGUUAGAGGCAUGUGAAAAUGAUGAGGAUUUCGCCUCAAAAUGUCGAGACCUCACAACUUGGGGAGAGUCCUGCGGAUAUCCUGAAAUAUCUGAACUGAUACAGCUGAGCCAGAGAAAAGAACUUGUUAGCAGUAUCGUAACUUACUUCCUUAUGGACAGGGCACAUGCUGCUAUCACCCAAUUUCAUGAAGGUAUGAAUAGUCUGGGGGGUCUAUUCAACAUCAUGAAAAGAAAUCCCCAAGUAUUCGAGCCUGAAAUGUGUGGUGCGGGGAAGAAGAUGACAGCUGAGGAGCUGACCGCCAUGUUUCGGGUCAACUACCGCGACGAUGAUGAUGAGGAUGAUGAUGAGCAUGCUGUCAUGAAAUGCAUGACUAAAUUCCUCCAAGAUUGUGAAAGUGGAAAAUUGAACGUCACUGUGAACGACGUAUUGAUGUUCAUCACUGGAGCCAACCGAAUUCCUCCACAAGGCUUGGGCAUCAUAAAUAUCGAAUUCUUCAAUCAGAUUCCUGGGGAAGAACGCCUCAUCACACCUUCAACAUAUGCUCUGCUCCUUCGCCUGGACAGAGGACUCCAGGUGCAGGAGUAUUUCGAUACAAAGGUCGAGUUUGCUGUAAGAGAAGGCCUUGCAGCAGGAUUCGGUAAAAUUUAA